ACUCCGCCGAGGCCUCCAUGCCGCCCUACACCAUCGUCUACUUCCCGACCCGAGGGCGCUGCGAGGCCCUGCGCAUGCUGCUGGCCGACCAGGGCCAGAGCUGGAAGGAGGAGGUGGUCACCAAGGAGAGCUGGCUGCAGGGUCCACUCAAGGCCUCCUGCCUGUACGGGCAGCUCCCCAAGUUCCAGGACGGAGACCUCACCCUGUACCAGUCCAAUGCCAUCCUGCGACACCUGGGCCGCUCCUUUGGGCUCUACGGUGCAGAUGAGCGGGAGGCAGCACUGGUGGACAUGGUGAACGAUGGCCUGGAGGACCUUCGCAGAUGCUGCAGCCACCUUAUCCACCACAAGCGUGAGGCAGACAAAGCCCAAUAUGUUCAGGAGCUGCCGGCGCACCUGAAGCCUUUUGAGACCCUGCUAUCCCAGAAUCAGGGGGGUCAGGCCUUCAUCGUGGGUGACCAGAUCUCCUUCGCCGACUACAACCUUCUGGACCUGCUGCUCAAUCAUCAGGUGCUUGUCCCCGGCUGCCUGGACCCCUUCCCCCUGCUCUCGGCCUAUGUGGCCCGCCUCAGCGCCCGGCCCAAGCUCAAGGCCUUCCUGGCCUCCCCGGAGCAUGUGAACCGGCCCAUCUUUGGAAGCCGCAAAAUAUGAGCCCAGCCUCCCCCGGGAGAGGGACUGCCCUUGAGACAA